AUAUAGAUAUAAUAUAAGCCAACUCUCCUUUCUUCUUCAUUCUACUACAAGUCUCUCUCUUUCUUUCUCUCACUCUCUCUAUUGGAGAGCACAAGAGAUGGGGGAGAUGUCGAACAACCAAUUGGGAGUGAUCGGCGCACUGUUCCUCUCUGUGGCGUCGUCCGUCUCCAUAGUCAUCUGCAACAAGGCAUUGAUGAGCAAUCUUGGUUUCCAAUUUGCCACAACACUUACCAGUUGGCAUCUGAUGGUAACAUAUUGCACUCUCCACGUUGCGUCGCGCCUAAAUUUCUUCGAAAACAAGACAAUUGACAUGAAGACAGUGAUGCUCUUUGGCAUUCUGAAUGGCAUCUCCAUUGGAUUCCUCAACCUCAGCUUGGGAUUCAACUCCAUUGGCUUCUAUCAGAUGACAAAACUUGCAAUAAUUCCUUUCACAGUCAUGUUGGAAACUCUGUUCCUCAAGAAGCAAUUCAGUGACAAGAUCAAGAUCUCUUUGUCAAUACUACUACUUGGAGUUGGCAUUGCAUCUGUGACCGAUCUUCAGCUAAACCUCGUUGGAACCAUUCUGUCGCUCAUAGCCAUCCUAACAACUUGCAUUAGCCAAAUUGUGUGUAUAUAUCUUAACUUCUUAAAUAACUUAUCAUAUUAUAUAUCUGUCAGUUACUCACAAAUCCCUUUACAGUUGACAAACACAAUACAAAAGAGGCUAAAUGUGUCAUCGACUCAGCUUCUGUAUCAGUCAUCUCCAUUCCAAGCAGCCAUUCUAUUCGUCAUCGGCCCCUUCUUGGACCAGUGCCUCACCGGACAGAACGUCUUCGCCUACACAUAUUCCCCCAGUGUCAUGGUUAUCAUAUUGCUGUCAUGCUUGAUUGCUGUGUUUGUGAACUUCAGCACAUUCUUGGUGAUAGGCAAGACUUCUCCUGUUACAUACCAGGUUUUGGGGCAUCUUAAGACAUGCCUUGUUCUUGGAUUUGGAUAUACUCUUUUGCAUGAUCCAUUCACUGCAAGGAACAUCUUUGGCAUACUUGUUGCCAUGGUUGGGAUGGGAUUAUAUUCUUACUUCUGCACUCUUGAAACCAAGAGGAAGCACACCCCUUCUCUCUCCUCCCAGGUUAAAGAGAGGGAAAGCACAACGCUGUUAGUGAGCCAUCUAGACAAAGAGUCUAAAUUUCAAUUGUUUAAAAUAGAGACCCAUGCCUGAUUUUCGGUUCAUCAAACUUUUCUUAAUUUUCUCCUUUUCUAAACAUUUUGAUUAUUUUUAAUUAAUAAGAUUCCAUGGUUAAUGUUCAA